CGACCACUGCUGUUGACUCCUCAAGUUCAAGACGAUGAUGCUUUCAGUUUCAUCUGCAUCGCCAUUGUGGAAAAUAGAGAAGCAGCUCUUUAUCAGCUUUUGCCUCCCUGGCUUGUGGGCCACCGUUCGAUUCAGCACCGCGGCCUCCGGUCCUCCCCCGGAAUGGCGAAAUCCCCACCUCCCAACGGACCGGGUGACCGGCGAAUCUCGGUCGAGUCCAUCUCAUCGUUUCUUCCAAAUUCCCCCAAAAUUCCAAUCUCCGCCGACCUAGGGUUCCGUGAGGUCGACGUCGAAGAUUAGCAUGUGAUCCGCCGACCGCCGACUCCUCCGUGACCGUGAGUACAUGGAAGUCGCCGCCGGCGCGGAGCCUGGCGGAGCCGCGAGCUCACACUUCAGUAGUCCAAGACAGGACAACUACCGACUGAACAGAAAACAAGAGGAAACAACUACACAGGGUGGUGGAUGAAGCAACUAAAGCAACAAUGACUAAGUAACAACAACCAACAACACAACUGUACCUUUCUCAAGAUCGUUUGCGGAUGGGGAUUUCCCAUGCCACAACAAUUGCAGUUGCAAAUCCAACACCAAAUCCCAAUCCAACAAAGAGGAAUGUCAUAAGGUCCGCAGAUUUCUUUCUAGAAUGAUGUGACCACACUUUUGGUGUUGUGUUGAUGCAGCCUUUCGACAAUGGGGACCCACACAAACCGUCAUUCCCAACAAAUGAGCUAUUGAGGAAUGUCUGGAAAUGAGCCCCAUCCCCUCGACACCGCCGGCGCCCUACACCCUGCCGCCCGCCACGCCGAAGCCCGCGCCAUACACGCCGCCGGCGGCGCCCGCCCACAGCGACGAGAAGAAGCUGGUGGUGGUGCGCGUGGAGGGCCUGGUGCUGUGCCAGAGCUGCGCGCAGCGGGGCUCGCAGAGCCUCGAAGGCGCGGCGCCGCUGCCGGGGGCGAAGGUGACGGUCACCUGCCGCGACAAGAAGAACCUCGUCAUGUCGUGGCGGUCCCCCGCCGCCAACUACAACGGCUACUUCCACGCGGAGUUCGGUGUCGAGCGCGCCGGCAACUACUUUGGCAGGGACCCCCGCGCCGCCUGCUUCGUGCGCCUGCUCUCGUCGCCGGACGCCAGGUGCAACGGCAUCACCAACAUCGGCGGCGGCACGGAGGGCGUGCCGAUCCGCGACGAGGGCAAGCGGUGGACCGACCAGCGCGGCAUCGAGAACGUCGUCUACACCGCCGGCCCGCUCGCGUUCAAGCCGGCGAUGUGCGCGCCCACGCGCCACUACUGAGCGUAGAGAGAACAGCGCGUGCCACGCCAUUGAUGAUGAGCACGCAUGGGAACCACGCCAUUGAUUGAUGCGAGAAAUGUGAUCCGUGUGUCGUUCGGAGGAGGAGUGAUUUUCAGUCUUUUCUUCUCUUUCCAUUGGUAUCGUUUGUGUGCAGCAUGACAUUCUGUGUAAUGUAAACUAAUUUUGAUUUGGUAUGUGAGAAAAAUCUUAAUUUUUAAGAUUUGAAUUGGACUGCACUUUGCACUCCGGCCGGUAGAUUUGUUAACUCUAACGAUUGCUGUCCAGCACUUCGUUCAAUGGAACUCGCAGAAGGUCAACAACCACACGAGGAGGUGGCCGUAACGAAUCAUGCUUCCUGCAUCUGAACUGUGGCGAAUUUUUUUAAAAAAAGUUUAAAAACACAGAGACGGCUGAAUGUGUUGAGUCAAGCUCUGCUGGGACUCCUAUCAACGGAAAAGAGUUUGUCAUCUGCGGGUUCCCAAGUAAUCCAACUCCAAUGGAAUCAUGUCCCUUUGUGACGCUUGUAGUAGCUGCCAUUGGAUGCAUAUUGCUAUCUUUUUUCCGUACUCUGGAACUGGGCGAUGCCAUUGCAAAUUCGGAAAAGAAUAGCAGCAUUGUGCAGUGAAAGAAAAGGCUCAUGCCGUGAAUGAUUACGUACUUUGCCAUGCUUUGUCUUCGUUUCAAGAAUUUAAAUUUUGAGUAAUGUUUGAUGGCUUAUUUUAUUGCCUUGGCUAAUAGAUUUUUCACUACUGUUACAGGGCCUAAAUUCAGGGUCUCAGGAAUUUAGAUCGUGGCGAAUAAACUCUCCCCCGUACUAGUUUUGUACAGAUCACACAAAAUAGUUUUGAGUUAUAAGUUCAGCUAAUCUAUACCUCAGCUACGAUAUCUGUUGCUUUAUGAACUUGCAAUAGCAUUAGCAAUAACAUGUUGACGAUUUUUUUUGAGACGAAAUAGCAAUAAAGGUUUACAGGAAGUCAAGACUGCC